AAAACUUAUGGUGGCAACUUUCCACUUGCCUUGCAGUUCUGAAGUUUCUCGAACGUACUAUUUCGGAAGAUUUCAUUACUGAGUUACAAAUAAUUCAAGUGUAAUUAAAAGUUAAAAUGCUGAAGUCCUACAUGAAUCGAUCCAAAGGACUUGAGCAAAGCUCCUAUCGAGAUCAGCAAUUUAAGGGUUCUCGUACAGAAUUGGAAAGAUUACUUCAUAAGACUACCACAUUGUACAUUGGUAAUCUCAGCUUUUAUACAACAGACUUGCAAAUAUAUGAGCUUUUCUCCAAAUGCGGUGAUGUCAAACGAGUUAUUGUUGGAUUGGACAGAUUUAAGAAAACACCUUGUGGCUUUUGUUUUGUUGAAUAUUAUUCUCGUGACGAUGCAGAAGACGCCAUGAGGUACAUCAAUGGAACUAAACUUGAUGAUAGAAUUAUACGAACUGAUUGGGAUGCUGGAUUUAUUGAAGGUCGGCAGUAUGGAAGGGGUAGAACUGGAGGACAGGUUCGUGAUGAAUAUAGAACAGAUUAUGAUGUUGGUAGAGGAGGUUAUGGUAAAAUAGUUCAGCAAAAAAUAUCUUCAACUGAGACUUUGGAUGCUUGAAAUUGAAUUCAUCAAAUCGAUCAUUCUGUGAUAUCAUAAGCAUUGAUCCAGCUUUUGUACAACAAAACAUUUUCUAAAUACAUCUGCAGUUGUGCAUAUUCAUUUUAUUUUAAGAAGCAUUUCGUCUUUGGUUAAUGUCAUUUUCCUAUGUGUUGUUUUUAUUCUAAAGUUAGUUGAAAGAUUACCAUAACAUUUUGCUUGAAAUAAUGACAAAAGAUGUGUACAAAACAAAAUAAUGCUUAAGCUAAACUAUAAUUUUCUUCCAUUGAAUGUAGAAUUUUUUAUUUUUUUUAAUGUUUAUUUUUAGUUUGAACUCUUAAUUUACGUAAGAUGUAACUACUUCUAUUAGAAAGUAACAAGUUUUA